AUGAGCACAAGAUCAGCAGCACAGACUACCCGACCUGAAAACCUGGGGUCGCGGACAAUGACCAUCACCCCCACGACUGACACCGAUGCUGGGCCCUCGACCGUCUCGCCACCCCCGAGCGGCUCCGAAACCCCCAGCUCGGUCGGUGUACUUCGUCUUCGCGGUGCGCCAGGUCGCCGGCAGCGAGUCGUGUGGACGUCGGACACAGUCGACAAUGAGGGCAUGGGAAAGAAGAAGUCUAAGAUCUGCUGCAUCUAUCACAAGCCCCGCGCGUUCGACGAGUCCUCUUCAGAGUCGGAUUCAUGCGAUUCGGAUAACGACUCGUGCUGCGGCGACGGACAGGGGUCGGGCGGCAGGCAACAGCGGCCACCCCAGUCCCACGGCGGCGAGGUACACGAGCAGAGUUCCGACUCGGAAAGCGAUGGAGGUGGCGGUGACGGUCGCGCAAGGCCCGCACGCAAGCCUCGGCGAAAGCACAGUAAGCACCACGACUCCAAGGCCAACAAGUACGACUCUAAGCCCAAGGCGCCGAAGGAGGACAGCGCCUAG